CCCGGUUGGACUGGUCGAGGCCAAGCACGCCGUCCUCAAGCAGCUGCGUCGUCGAGGCGUCUACGCAAUGCACAAUCCCACCACGGAAGACGAUCCCCAACAUCCCUUCCGCCAGAUGCGCACCUCUCUGCUCGCGGUGUUCUGCGUCACGGUGGCUGCAGCGCUCGCCGUCGCGACCGGCCAGUCUGCCGCUCGGUUUGAAGUCAACCUCGCCCAACCUACCACCCCGUUCCCCCACUUCUGGGGCAGGUGCGUCGGAAGUGGGCCACGCCGCGCUGGCCCUGCGCGAGGACUGGCGCCAGGCGGUGCGCGAGUCGCAGAGCGCCCUUGGCUGGGAGUACAUUCGGUUUCAUGGCGUGCUCAACGACGAUAUGAGCGUGGUCAUUGCGCCCAACGAGUACUCGUUCUUCAACAUUGACCAAGUGUACGACUUUUUGCUCUCAAUCAACAUGCGCCCGAUCGUCGAGCUCUCGUUCAUGCCCACCGCGUACGCCUCUGGCAACGAGACCAUCUUUUAUUACAAGGGCAACAUUACGCCUCCCAAGGACUAUGCUCAGUGGGACGAUCUGAUCACCAAGCUGGCCCAGCACCUCGUUGAUCGCUACGGCCUGGAGGAGGUCUCCCAGUGGUACUUUGAAGUCUGGAACGAGCCCAAUUGCGGAUUCUGGUCUGGCAACCAAACCGACUACUUUACGCUGCUCCAGCACACUUACACUGCGCUGAAGAGUGUCAGCCCGCUAAUUCGUGUCGGCGGCCCUGCAACCUGCCAGUCCCAGUGGAUUGCCGAGACGGUGGCCUUCUGCAAGCAAAACGGCAUCCAGCUGGACUUUAUCUCCACCCACGAGUACCCCACCGACCCCACGACCUACCCUGUUCGCGAUCUCAUGCACGACAUUUUUGCUGCCACAAAGGCCGCUGCAGGUGGCAUUCCAGUGAUUUACACUGAAUUCAACUCUGGGCUUUUCAGCGACACUCCCAACCACGAUCUUCCGUAUGCUGCAUCGUUCUUGGUGAACAUGGUGGCAAAGACUCAGGGUCUGGUCGAGAUUGCCAGCUACUGGGCCGUGUCUGACGUGUUUGAGGAGGGCGGCCAGGAUCCAACCCCGUUCCACGACAUGUACGGAAUUGUGACCAACAUCGGCGUUCCCAAGCCCGCAUUCCACGGUCUCAAGCUUUUGCGCCAGGCUGGCACCGACCGCGUUGCUGUCUCGACCGUCGGUGAUGCCAACACGACCAGCGUCUGGGCUACCCGCACCGACAAUGAGGUGCAAGUGUUUAUCACCAACUUUGACUACUUUGAGUUCCCCAUCCAGAACUACACGGUGACUGUGACUGUUGCCGGCGUUGCUGCGAAGGGCAGCCCAGUCAACUCGUUGUACUACCUGAUUGACGACACACACGUCAAUCCUCGUGCUGUCUGGGAGGCCAUGGGCUCGCCCACCUAUCCCACUCCCGCUCAAAUUGUGGCCCUGCACGAGGCGAGCACCCUGCAUGCCCAGCAGCUCCCUUACUCGGUUGUUGGCUCUGACAUUACCUUCACCUUCAACCUUGUCCCGUACUCGACCGUUGCUGUGUUUAUUCCGCUGCAGUUCUACUAGAGCCGGAGCUUUGGAAAACGCUCACAACGUGAGCAACAAAUACAAAUCCGUCGUUGCUCCGCCA